AUAGCUACCCGACAUUAACUAGGUUAAAACAAACUUUUAGAAUGCAUGUAAUUAAACAGGUAACACGUACACCGCACAGGUAUUUAGUCACAGGAAUAGACUGAAGGUCGAAAGAACAGGGAGGCCAUGUUGGUUUUACAGUGAACUUCUCAUGUGACCCCGCCAUCAGAAAUGCAUCCCCGGCGCAGCGCCCAGGACGUCCUACUGUGUGACCUCUGUAAAACUGCCCCCCUACAGAGUCACUGUAAACUUUGUCAUAUUAAUCUCUGUGUUAUCUGUGUCGGUAAACAUCUCUCCGAUUCCUCUAAAGAUCACAAUGUCGUGCCCUUUAUAAAACACAUCAAGUCUACCCCUAACUACCCAAAAUGUCCGAAACACUCCGAAAAACAUUGUGAACUGUUCUGUGAGAAAUGUGACAUUCCUGUCUGUUCUACCUGCAUCUCCUCAAAUGAACACAGAGGUCACAAAAUAUCAGAGGUUCUGGAAAAACUCAGAUCUAACACAGAAAGUUUACAAAAAGAUUUGAAAGAACUCGAGACCAGAAUUUACCCCCGAUAUGAAGAAAUGGCGUCCGAUGUCCAAACUGAGAAAGCCGAGUUAGAAACGAAAUACGGAAAAAUGACAACAGCAGCCGAUCAAAAAGGAGAACUCUUACACCGGGAGAUUACCGCCAUUGUCAACCAGCGGAAAUCCGACAUUGCGGAGAUGAAAAACAAACACCUGGCUGCUCUCAAUAAAAAUACAGAUGAAAUUACAAACCGAAUUACAGAACUCAGACAGAUCAUUCAGGACCUGAAGAAAAUACUGGACUCCAAUGACGUCUUCUUAACCUCAUCUUACAAAUCUAGGAAUUCCGAAUUUAGAACAUUACCGCCUAAAGUCCGAGUCACAUUACCGAGUUUCUCUGCUCAGAAAAUAAACAAAGAUCAGAUCAAUGAAAUGUUCGGUUCUCUGUCACCAUUAUCCAUUAACACAGAACAUGGCAAAACAAUGAAGUCAGCAGAAGCUAUAUCGUCUCCUCCAGUCAAACCAUUACUUGAUGAGCCGCGCCUCACCGCCACUAUAGGCACUGGGUAUAGACCAUACAGUGUUAGCUGUCUGAGUGAAGAUCAAGUCUGGACAUGCGGUGAUAACGAAAUCAUGAAGCUCCUCAACCUCCGGAGUAAACUACUGAAAUCAAUAAAAACCAAGUCAGAGAACAUACCAGAGGACAUAGCAGUGACACGGGACGGAGAUCUUGUUUAUACUGACCCUGAUAAAGGAACUAUAAACUUAGUUAAGAAUAAACAGAUACAGACCGUGAUCACACUACAGGGGUGGAGACCUUUCUUUGUCUGCUGUACCGCCUCUAACCAUCUCCUGGUUACCAUGGUCAGUGAUGAUGGAGAACAAUCCAAAGUCGUGCAAUACUCCGGCUCCACAGAGAAACAAAGCAUUCAGUUUGAUGAUCAGGAUCGUCCUCUCUACUCAUCUGAUGGUAAUAAAUACCUCAGUGAGAACAGGAACCUGGAUAUCUGUGUGGCUGACAAUAAAGCUAGAGCAGUAGUGGUGGUCAAUCAGUCAGGAAAACUCCGAUUUAGAUACACUGGUCAUCCCUCUAAUACCAAGCAAUCAUUUGAUCCAGUCGGCCUCACUACAGACAGCCAGAGUCACAUCCUGACAGCAGACUUUAACAAUGACCGUAUCCAUAUCCUAGAUCAGGACGGACAGUUCCUCCGCUACAUUUACUGUGAUUUAUUGUUUCCAUGUGGUUUAUGUGUGGACAUCAGAGACAACCUCUUUGUGGCUAAUGCAGAUAAAAAAGUGAAGAAAAUUCGAUAUCUAUAAACACAGUGUUAAUUACACAUCUCAGCACGGUGUUAAUUACAGCUCUACACAGUGUUAAUUACACAUAUAAACACAGUGCAAUUUACAGCCUUGUGUUAAUAACAGUGUCAUGUUAAUUACAGUUCUGUGUUAAUUACAGUUCCUUGUUAAUUACAGCCCUGAGUUUGUGACGUGUAAUUAACGUGUUCUUGUGUUUGUGUGUGUAAGGAUAGAACACUAGUCUCUCACUGUUGUUUAGUAAUUACAUCUUACAAUAUCUGUAUUAUAAUUAAUGAGACACUGUUAAUCUUAGUAUACUAAUUACAUGUACUUAUCUAUUGA